UCCAGUUGACUGUAAGAAUUCAUAAACAAUUAAAAUUAAAAGUGAAUAAUUCCAAAAAGAUGUUAGGAAAAGUCGUGAUAGUAACAGGCGCGAACAGAGGUAUUGGAAAAGAAACUGCAAAAGUAUUGGCGCAGAAAGGCGCUAAGGUGAUUUUAGCCUGUCGAGAUUUGAAAAACGCCAACGAAGCAAGAAAUGAAAUCAUUGCGAGCUCUGGGAAUGAAAAGGUGACGGCGAUGAAGCUGGAUUUGGGAAGUCUGGACUCGGUUAGGGAUUUCGUGCGCAAAUUCACGUCGAACGAGACACGACUGGACGUUUUGAUCAACAACGCGGCCGCCGUCGGUCUGCAGAACAAACGCACCGCGGACGGACUGCAGCAGGAGAUGCAAAUCAACCACUUCGGCCCGUUCCUCCUCACGAUUCUGCUUUUAGAUAUUUUGAAAAAGUCGGCGCCGAGCAGAGUCGUGGUGGUUUCCUCUCGAUGGCACGCCAGCGGCAAAAUCGAGCUGGACAACGUCGAUUACCAAAGGUACUACCCUGGAUUCAGGAGGGCAUACCAGGACGCAAAAUUGGCCAACGCGCUUUUUUCCCGAGAACUCGCCAAAAGACUUCACGGAUCUGGAGUGACCUGCAACUGCUUGCACCCUGGAGUGGUCAACACCGGCAUCAGAGCGAGACUGCCGGGAAUUUUCAAUUUCUUUUUCUCCCUCGUUUACAAAGGAAUUACCAUAACGGUGGAGGAAGGAGCCGCAACAAGUGUGUUCUUGGCCUCCUCGGAGGAAGUGCAGAGCGUGAGCGGAAAGUAUUUUGUGGACGGCAAGCAGACGGAAAUGGCAAAGAACGCGCAAGACCCAAAAGUGGCCGCCGAACUCUUCGACGAGUGUGCCAGACUCGUCAAACUCACCCCGCGCGAGCUGGAGGUUCUUCGGCAGUAAAAAAAUAAUUGGCUGGAAAGUAUGCAACCGGCACGACAUGAAUGUAUGCCGGCUGCCUAAGUUGGAACCCAAUCAAAUAAGGAAGGAUUGGAAGGAAUAAAAUGAGAAAAGAU